GUUACUGGAAACAUAAAUUUCGCCUCAAAAUGGGUAAAAGGAAGGCAUUCAUUGAUAAGAAAGCCAGUCAAAGUUUUCGAUUGGUUCCGGAUAAUAGGGAAAGAAGUGAACGAUUCAAGCCAACUCAAGAACAUUUGGAGGAACAGCAAAAGUAUGGAGUCUACUACGACGAUGAUUAUGAUUAUUUGCAGCACAUGCGAGCUGUUAAUGAGCCGAUGAAGCUGGAAAAUGUUCAUGAAGAAGUCGAGAAAACGACCAUCAAAACGAGUGGUUCAUCAGCAUUCCCACCAGCUCCACCACUUUUCGGACUUGUCGGUGCUCUUAAGAAACCGGAAUUUUUUGACGAAGAUGUUGCAAAUGCGUUGGAAGAGGUGACAGAUGAUCGUAACACCGGAGAACUUGAAGAUAAUUUUAUCACACUUGCUGGUGGUCUUCUUGAUGAAAGAACUACAGUUUAUAGAAGUACAAGACGAGGUGAAGAUUCGGAAGAAGAAGAGGAUGACGAUGAAGACGAUGAGAUGUAUGAUGAUUAUAAUGAUGACGAGUUAUUUGGAGAAGAGGCUGUUGGAGAGAUUAGAGUUGAAAGAGCUGAUCAAAGAGUUAUUGAUAAUGCUUUUGAAGAACUCAUGGAUCGUGAAUACAACACCGAUCAGAUCGGAGAGCUUGAUGGUGACGACUAUGAUGUUGGAGGAGCACUUGAACCGAACGCUGGACGACUUCACAAACUUAUAAAUGACAAAGGACCUUCAAAUGCAGAGUAUGAUGAAGAGCUCGCCAAGCAUUAUGUACGUGAACGAAUGCGUCUCAUUGAAGAGGGAGUCAUCAAAGACAAAGAAGAAUACGAGAUUGUGGAAGUGGAUGAGGGUACAAAUAAGAAAAUGAAAUGGGAUUGUGAAUCAUUUGCUACUCAAUACACUAAUAUCUACAAUCAUCCGACACUCAUCAAGGAGCCACGUGGUUUAUCCAGAAAGGCAUUGAAACGAUUCGAUAAAGCUGUUGAAGAGAUGGAUAUUGCUGAAGAAGAUGAAGAUGAUGAUGAGGAUAUGGAGGAUGAUGAUGAUAAGGAAAGCGUUUUUUCAACUGUUUCUACUUUCCGACCAAAAAAUGAAACUCCGGAACAGAGAAGUCUGCGGAAAAAAGCUGUAAAAGAGGCCAGAAAGCUGAGAAGAGUUGAGAAAAAGGCUAACAAGACUAUGUUCGCCGAGGAGAAACGAAAGCUUGCGAAAGGACGUAUCGGACAGAUCAAGGCUCGCCCAAUCUAGUCACUUCAAUUCAAAUUCUAUUCAAAUUAAUUUGUUGCCUGUUUCUUGUUUCUUGACCCAAAAUUUCGCUUUCCAUCAUCUCCACACUUGUUCUUCUGUUCCAGCUGUUUUCUUUUUUUUUUGUUAUUUCCCUAAACUCCCAUUCUAUUCUUGUGUGUUUGUUUUCUCAAAUUUUUUUAGUGAUGAAUUUGAGCACC